AAAGAAUUCCAGGCAUUGUUUAUCCUAAAAAGUCUUUAUUCUUUGUGUGACAGAGUAUCCGCAGGGCAUGGAGGAAUGACAAGAUCUGAAUUUUCUUUCCUUGCACAUAACAUUCCAGGCUAUUGCCCUCCCCCAUUUUGUGAUCAUAAAUCACAUUUUUCAAUUAGCCUGAAGGGCAAAGAUUCACUUCCACUCCUCCCCUCCCAGCCUCAUCUAAAUUAACUCUAAAAAUACCAGACAGUUCUGCAUAUCUUGUCAAAGCAAUAAUAUCCAAUAUUAGCAGCACUGACACUAGCUACUACACAUUUGAAUAUAGAGUGUGGUCUUUUGCUCAGUGAAUUGUGGGACAGUGUUCUCCAGAUUCAGAGGUGGAAUACUUUCUGACAUUUAGACAAGUAUGUAGUGCUGCGUUAUGAUAUUUUUUUUUCCUUCCUGAUGUUCCUGAUAUUAAUUUUCUGCUUGACAAAGUGCAGCUUAUAAAAUCUGGCAUUUCAACACCUUCAUCCUGAUUUCAAAUAUUUAACUCGUGGCUGGCUUGCCAAGUACAAUAGCCUGAAAAAAGAAAGCCAGAGUGAGACUUUCCUGAUUCAACAUGAUUAUUCUCGUCUGGCUGAUUUUUCUUUCCCUCCUGUUCCUCUGUUUUUGGAACAACCAACGUCCCGCAGGUUUUCCCCCUGGAUCAUGGAAGCUUCCCCUGCUUGGGAAUCUGCUUCAGUUCAGUAAGAGGGACCCACUGAAGGAGUUGGAUCAGCUAGGAAAAAAAUAUGGUCCUGUCUUCAGUCUUUAUUUUGGAAGAACACCUGUGGUCUUCACUCAUGGGUUUUCUCCAGCAAAGGAGAUCCUUGUGAUGAAAGGCAUAGAAUUUGCUGGAAGGGCAGAUAUUCCAAUAAUAGACUUCAUCACUAACAAAAAAGGUUUAUUGACCUUAAGAUAUGGUGAAGUAUGGAAGGAACAAAAAAGGUUUUCCGGGAUGCUUCUCAGAAACUUUGGAGUGGGCAAAAAAUCAAUGGAAGCAAAGAUCCUGGAAGAGGCCACAUGUUUGAUUCAAGCGUUCAAAGAGAACAUAAGGGUGCCUUUUGAUCCUUAUGAAUUUAUGGACACUGCGGUCACCAACAUAAUUUCUACUAUAUUAUUUGGGAAACGUUUUGAAUAUGACAACAGCUUCCUCAGAAAUCUCCUGCAUAUGAUACAUCACAGUUCCAAAAUGACUGUGAGCCCCUGGGCCUUGCUUUACAAUGAGGUGCCUUUGGUGAGACAUCUCCCCCUGCCUCACCAGACAAUACUAAUAACUGCAAAGGAAGUAGAAGUUUUUAUAAAAAAAGAGGUGGAAGAACACAGGGCGACCUUGACUCCAGGAGAACCUCGAGAUUUCACUGAUGCGUAUUUAGAAGAAAUACAGAAGCCAGAGAGAAAAGUUUCAAGCUUUGAAGAAGGACAACUACAAACCAUACUGUCUGACUUAUUUGUGGCUGGAACAGAGACAACAGCAGGAACAUUACAGUGGGGAUUGCUCUAUUUGGUGGCCUUUCCAGAAGUUCAAGAGAAAUGCUGGAAGGAAAUAGACACAGUUGUGGGAAACAAGGCAACCUUGAAGGUUGAAGACCGAAAAAAGCUGCCCUACACAAAUGCUGUCAUUCAUGAAAUCCAACGCAUUUCAAACGUUGCUCCUCUUGGACUACCUCACGCCGCCAUUGAAAAUGUACAGAUUUUUGGAUAUAAAAUUCCAAAGGACACCAUGGUUAUUGUCAACAUCCAGUCUGCCCAUCAUGAUGAAUCUCAGUGGAAGUUCCCCAAUGAGUUCAACCCCUCCAACUUCCUGAAUGAAGAGGGAGAGUUUGUGAAGCCGGAAGCCUUUUUGGCAUUUUCAGCAGGACCGAGAGUCUGCUUAGGGGAAAACCUGGCUCGGAUGGAGCUCUUCCUCUUCUUCACCAGCAUUCUCAGGAACUUCCAGUUAUUGUGGCCAGAUAAAUCACAAGCUCCAGAUUUUACACCACACUUUGAGGUUACACAAUUCUCAUCUCGGUUUAAGGUGUUGCUGAAAUGUCGCUAGCCAAGUGUGUAGAUCAAAGCGAGGAACUGCAAAGCAACUGAUUCAAGAUAAUUUCAAAUUCACCUCAAGAUCAUGUUUUAAAACAUAAAUAAAGUGCUCUCUUAUGCCA